UGUUGCUCACAAGACGCUGAUCGUUGAUCCCACACUUUCAGACUUUUGCUGGUUAGCUAGCAAAUGCAUUUAAGUAAGCUAACUUAAGCAUUAAAACACAAAACAUGGGAAAGAAUAAGCAACGAACGAAAGGAAACGUUCGGCCCUCCAGUAGCGGGCGGGCUGCCGAGCUGCUGGCCCGGGAGAGUGGUGCUGUUCCCGGGUUCGUGGGGUUCGGUAACAUGGCGACAACGGAGCUUGGCUACGUACCGGCUGUUCACGGGGCCGAGGAGAUUGACAACCUGGUUGAUGCUGACUUCCGUCUAGUGUUGAGGAAGCUAUCCAAGAGAGACACCGUCACAAAACUCAAGGCAGCACAGGAGUUUGGCGCUAUGUGUCAGCAGCGAGACUCAGACGUGGUCAAAGGAGUUCUGCCAUAUUGGCCCAGAAUCUACUGUAAGAUGUCAGUGGACCAUGACCGGCGUGUGAGAGAGGCUACACAGCAGGCAUUUGAACAGCUGGUCCUUAAGGUGCGUCGCAGCUUGGCCCCGUACCUGAAGAGCCUGAUGGGCCACUGGCUUCUCUCUCAGUGUGACACCUAUGCCCCCGCUUCCUCCGCCGCCUGCCAGGCCUUCAGCGCUGCCUUCCCCCCCAGCAAGCAGGCUGAGGCCCUCAGCUUCUGUAAGGACGAGGUCCUCACUGUUCUUCAAGACAACUUACUGAAGGAAACUGCUGACACUCUGAGUGACCCACAGAGUGUUCCAGAGGAGGAGAGAGAGGCAAAGUUUUUACGCCUGCUGACCAGCUCUUUACUUGGGGUGAAAAGACUCAUAUCCUCACUGCCUCAGACAGAAACACACAGCCUGCAGGAUCGCCUGACACACCUCCUAAGCCAGGCCAAGUUCUGGAAGUACAGCAAACACCAGACUCCCCAGGUCCGCGGGGCGUUCUUUGAGCUGAUGUCGUCUCUGUGUGAGCACAGCCCCGUGGUGGUGCAGGCGGAGGCUGCCAGGGUCUGCCCCACUGUCCUCCUGGCUCUGGAUGACACCGACCCCAUGGUGUUGCCUCCUCUGUGGGAGGCCGUCCUACACACACUCUCCACCGUCACCGACUGCUGGAGUCACGUCAACGCGAAGAAGGGUGUUCUUCCCAAACUGUGGUCCCUGUUAAGGGAUGGCGGUAAAGGCAUGGCUACAUCCCUUCACCCAAACCUGCUGCCCUUCAUCAGCAAACUGCCCUCGGAGGUCACCGCCCCUGACCUGGACUUCUACACAACCUUCUACAGCUCUCUCAUACAGGGCCUGUCCCGGGAGCGAGCCAUAUCCAGCCCAUCAGAGAGUUCGGCCAUAGUGGUGUCGUCUGUGGAGUGUCUGAGAUACACUCUGUUACAGAACACUGGGGAAGAGGAGGAACACAGACUGAUCCGGACCAUGAUCAUACAACAACAGCUCCUCCCCCUCAUUGACAGUGCCCUGGGAAACUCCUCCCUCCAAGCCGGUCCCCUCUUUCCAUUGGUUACUGAAAUGCUCUUGUCCUGGGAGAAGAGGGCUGGACUUCAGAAUUUGGGCGGGCUUAGUGAGGGUGAGAAUGAGGUGGUCUUUGAUAGGCUGCUCUCUGAUUUCUGGGAGGGUCUUAGGGUUAUGCUGGCCCGUCAUGUGAGCAAUGAAGAACUGGAGCUAAACGAGCUGGAAGGAAUGGCCUCCCUGCUACAGGUUAUGCAGAGCCCAGACAGUGUGUGCAGAAAAGAGACCAAGAUGAAGAAGAGAUCUGUGAAGAUUUGUUUCUCUGAACCAGAGAGCUCUGUCUCUCCAGAGGAGGUGGCGGUAACCCUGAAACACCCCCAGCCAGAACCCCCAGAACUGGGCCAGGGGUCUACAGAGGGAGUCCUGAGGAGCUGGCACCUGGAGGAGAUUGUGUGUCAACAAGCCCAGAUCAGCUACUCAUACGUGGAUGAGAAGAACUCUGAGAGACAUCUGGUCUACCUUUCGCUCCUCCUCCAAACCUUCCACACGCCCAGAGUCUUCACUAGGCUUUUAGCCACAUCAGAAGAGGAGAAAUUGAAAGCAAAGGAUGACCAGAAGGAGGUGGAGGGGGUCUUUCCCACUAACCCAGCCGUCCACUUCCUCCUGGAGCAUGUGGUGUUGUGGCUGAGUCAGGAGGACAGGAUGGAGACCAGCUACCUGGUGGAGAUGGUGUUUAGUUGUCUACGGUGCUGCGGUCGCCAGGAGACCACCCGCAUCCUCAAUCACAUCACCACGAUGGAUCUGAAAUGGGCCGUCCUUCUCCAGAUCAUACACAAGGCGUGUGCAGACGCAGCUUCUCUCCAGGCCUGCAGUGAUUGGUUGAAGGGCUCUGUGUUGGGUGAGCGGCUGCUGGGUUUGGCCGAGGAGCUGUGCGAGGCGGGACUAAAGGGUUCCGGCACCGCCCCCGACAAAGACAGCUGGGCUCUGAUCAGCCUAGCGCUGUCGCAGUAUCACAACAACGAACCUCUGAUCGGUGCUGUGUAUGUGGAGAAGAUGAUCGAGAAGCUCCAUGGCACCCUCUCAGCAGCUAAAGGUCUGUCAGAGGAGGGUGAUUUGGAACCUCUGGUCUGCUUCAUCUGUGAUGUGGCCUCUACAUUCUUCUCCUCUGUGACACACUGCCUCCUGCUGCCCUCUGCUGAGGAACUGCUGCUCACGGUCUUCACUCUGACCGCACAGGACCGCACACUCACACACAUGUCAGACUCCCUGCUGAGGAAGCUCAGUCAUGCCUGUCAGGCUGGUAUCCUGUCAUUGGUCCAUCACUCUGCGUCAGAGGUUAAGGAAGGCAGCUUCCUUUACAGUGCUGCAUUCUGGGUUAAAGCCCAGCUGCUAACCUCGUCUCUUGGACCCAACGGUCUGCAGGUGUUGGUCGUGGCGGUCCAGAGUCUGGCUGACACGCUGCGAUCUGUUGGUCAGCGAGGCUUCUCCCUCCUCUCGCAGUUCCUUUCCUUCCUGACUCCAAGCCAAUCAGAGUGGAUAACCAUCCGACGAGCCCUGCCCCCUCAGUGGGUGCGGGCUCCCCUACUGUCAGGUCGACUGAGCGUCUGUGAACAACCCGUCAUGGAAGUGUGGAAGCUCCGGGGCUCCUCCAGGCUGCCAGCCCACCUGUCGGUCUGCACCCUGCUGGCUAGACUUCUCUACACCCCCAGGGCUGGUCCUGGGGCCGGUGCUGGGGAUGCAGUGACUUCAGAUGACCAGCAGGGGGCAGCAGAGUGUUCACAGAUGACUGACGUGAAGGACUUCAAACACACAGUGUGUGAGCUGCUGUAUGCGCAGCAGUGGUGUGUGGAGAUGGACAGUAGCCUGGGCCUAGUAGCAGAAUACCACACCAUGCUGAAGGAAUGGGUUCCGAUGGACACAGUACAUCACCUGGGACCAGCCAGUGAAGUACUGACCACACUUUACACCAGGUCUAUAGAGGAGGGAGGCCUGUGGUCCCUGACACUAGGGAGCUACAUCCACAACCACAACCUGGCACAAUGCCCUGGCACAGUCCAGUCACUCUGUGGCAGCCCUGACAGUCUGUUCCCCCUGUCAGAGAGCAGACUGAGUACUCUCCAGGUGUUGUGUCCGUGUCUCACCCCUGAGGAAAGAGAGCGCCUCAUCGCCCUGGCCACCGCCGGCAUACUCAACUGGCAAGAGGACAACAGUGUGUCAGGGUGUGUAUCAGUGCUGCUGUGUUGUCUAGAAGUGGGCAGCCCGGUUGAUGAGGAGCUGCUACAUGCCGUACUGGCCACCAUGAUGGAAUGGAGGAACAGCAAAGAGGACUGGUUCCUGUUCAGCAGUGAUCUGUCCAAGACCUCCACCACACAGCUUUCGCUCAGUGUAGAAAUGAUGCGUUUCCUGUCCUGGCUGGUGACUCACUCGUCCAAAAUAAUCACAGGCAGCCAUUGGGAUUUCUUGCUUUGCUCAAUGCUAGCCUGGCUAGAGACUGCCAGCGAUAACGUGGAGUGUCUGUGGAACCCGUGGGUUCAGCUGUUCGUGUGCGAGUGCUGUGAGCUGAUCGUUCGGCUGAACCAGUUCUUCACAGCGCCCCCACCUGGUGUGGCUGACCUGAUGCCUUCGGAGCUGACGGCAGAGUGGAAUGACUUUUUCGUAGAGGGGAUAUACAGCUUGAUGCUGCCACUGCCAGGCAGAAUCACUGAGGCCUUCGCUGAGCCAGACGAUCCCCUAUUCCCAUUGGCUGUCCUGCGGUCUGUGGGAGUGGCCUUGACCUAUGUGCCUCUACAUCAUCUUAGCCAUAAUUCUCUCCCUGUGCGGUUUGUGGCGGACCAAAAGACAAACCUACCUGAGAAACUUCAAACCCUGCUAAAUACUCUAAGUCCUUUACUGCUGUUUAAAGCCCGACCACUGCAACUCACUGUCUACCACAUACUGGACAAGGUAAUGCCUACUCUACCAGAGUGUGAUGGAGAAGGAGACAACACCAAGUCAGAUGAUGACAGGGAAGAACCAUGUCUGUCUCCUCCGGCAGCCCUGAUGUCUGUCCUCUCCACGUGUGAGGAGCUGUGUGAGACUAUCCUGUCAGGCCUGUGUGUCGGGGAGUUUGCUGUAGUGGUUCCUCUCUCCGUGGAGUACUCCUGUAUUCUCGCGUACCUGCUGGCUUGGAAACUCCUGCUGUCAUUCUUCAGGGCUGCCCCCUCACACCUGCGUGUCCAGUACUCCCUCUACUUGAAGAAGAACAAGACGCUGCACAAGCUCCUCCUCCACCUAUUCAGACUGAUGCCUGAAAACCCCACCUACCCCGGGCAGGGGGCGGAGUCUGCUGCCAAGGAGACCAAGACCUUCUUCACCGAGAGCCUGUCUCUGGACAUUGACAAGCGCUGUGGUAUUGAGCAUGAGCUCCACCACCUGGCCUGCUCUGUGUACUACAGUACCGUGCAGGACCUGCCCGCCAUGGUGAGGCUCUGGUGGACCAGCCAGGAGAAGAGGGUCAGCCACGCGGUGGACAAGUUCACCGGACGCUACGUCUCCUCUGUGCUUUCCGCCCAGGAGAUCUGCUCUGUUCACGCCAGCACUCAGACCUUCGACAGCAUGACCGUGAAGGCACGGUCGGCAGCGCGGGAGGUGAUAGCCACGUACUCAGUGGAUGACAUCUUCAUAGAGCUGGUCAUCCAGUUACCUCAGAACUACCCUCUGGGCUCCAUCGUGGUGGAGAGCGGCCGGAGGGUGGGAGUGGCCGUCCAGCAGUGGAGGAACUGGAUGCUGCAACUGAGUACAUACCUCACACAUCAGAACGGCAGUAUCAUGGAGGGCUUGGCUCUGUGGAAGACCAACGUUGACAAGCGGUUUGAAGGGGUGGAGGACUGCACCAUCUGUUUCUCUGUCAUCCACGGAUCCAACUACUCUCUGCCCAAGAAGGCCUGCCGCACCUGCAAGAAGAAGUUCCACUCUGCCUGUCUGUAUAAAUGGUUCACCUCCAGUAACAAGUCCACCUGCCCUCUGUGUAGAGAGACUUUCUUCUAACCGCCGUUUCCAUGGACGCACAGACGCUCCUCUGAUACCAUGGACACGCAGAGGCUGUUGUAUAUUUGUACAUAUCGGUGACCUUCGGUCGGCUUGUUGAGCCCAUCAGAACUGAAGUUCAAGAUGAGGGUCAAGUGAGAGUGGUCUGAAGUCACGCCACAGUGACACAGCGUCCCGAAUAGCCAGGAUUGGUCGGCCCGGGUGGGUACAUCAGCGGAGUAGAACACGUUAUGUGGAAAGUCCGGUUUGAUUGACGGAAAGCCUUAAUUGGAAGGACAAUUGAAGUGGGACAAUUGAAGUGGGACAAUUGAAGUGGGACAAUUGAAGUGGGCUACCAAUUUGGGAUUUAGGAACUCAACAUAUCUGCACAUUGUUUUGUUAGCAUAAUUUAAUGGAAAAUGUAAAGGAUUUUAUCUUAUACUUUCUAUCGAGUUUCAGACAUUUAAAGAGUGGCCUUUUUAAAAAAUCUUUUGGUCCAUAAUAAUUUCCAAUCCCAACUAUUUAUAUAAAUGAAUUGAAACAUCUGGCAACUUGACUGAUUGGCUCACUGCUCUUAGCUUUGCCGACCCCAGGGGUAUUCAGUCUGAUUAACACAGCGUUGAUUAUUUUAGAUAAACAGUGGUUUUAAAAAAGCUGUUCCAACAAUCUCUUCAGGGACCACACGCUCAUCCACAGAUGUUUUAUUCAAACACCCGACCACACGCUUGAGGGAUGAGUUAAACGAAAUGGACUCAACUCAUCCAUCAAGCCCUUGUUCACUUGAAUCAAGUCUGUUUGUGAUGUAAUCAAACAAAUAUGUAUUGAUGGAUGGAGUAGUUGAACUGUAGAACAUCUGGAGGUCCCUGAGCAGAUGCUUGGAUAAAGCUGGGCUGGGGCUUCAAGCCGGUCAUAGAUUUGUUGGUUAGACAAGCCUGACAGAGUGACAAGGAGUUGGCAUAUUGGCUCAAACAGCGUGGAUGCUCCCUAGCCAGCUGAUGUGGUUUUCCAUGUUUGAGACAGUGUACGGUUUGAAAUACAAUGGGAUUAGGAUGCUUUGAGACAGGGGGUUCAAACUCAAAUCCUGGAGGUCUGUUCUCCCCUCAGUGGGUGGUCUCUGUUCAGACACAAGCUCCCUCGCCUGACUGUGUCGGUCCUUGACGUGGUCAGACAGACGGGGGGAACGUAUCCUCGGUGGGAGCCGCGUGUUGGCCGACAGCAGACGUCUCGUGUCCAUGUCCUGAAAAUGCCAAUCCGCUUUCACUGACAAAACCUAGGAAUUGGUUCACCUUUUGCCAGGCUUGACGGACACGCUGGCCAAUUAGAGUGCUCUGCACGUGACCACUGACCAAAAAAAUUCAUCCUUACUAAUUUGGUUCCCAUCCUCAAUUGCUCAGCCUUGCCUUAAUUGGAGACGAGCUGACAAAGCAGACACAAGGGCCUCCAGGAGUUGCGUUUGACAGCUUUGGAGGGAAGUGUCGAGCGUCUGCCAACGCCAGCACUUCUACCUGCCUCCUCUCUGCCGCUGUCCCGUGUAAUAGGAAAGAGUUUAGGAUGCUGUUGAAAUUAUUCUGUAUAAUAAAUCAAGUCUUAUGAGGAUGGAUAUAACCAUA